AUGGCGCACCCAUGGCGCGACGCUGCGAUUGCCACCGGGCUGAUAUCGUCGGUUCCGACGAUGGUGUUGCCUUUCAUCCCGGAGAGCGCGACCAAGCCGGGGAGCGCGGUCCAGCGCAUCUUGCUGUGCUUUGCCGUCGGUGGAAUGAUGGGAGACGUGUUCCUCCAUCUCCUUCCGCAUCUGUUGACGGGUCACAAAUCUAAGUGUUAA